AUGAUAGGAAACGGAUUAUUCCGUCAAAGAUCAAAUGGUUUUCAUCUUGUUCUUUAUUCAGCCACUGCUCUUGGUCUUCUUCGAACAGAUUUGCUUCCUCUUUUUCUUCUUCUUCUUCUUCUUCUUUCUAUUUGUGUCUUUUUCAUUUUCUUCUUAAACUCUAUCACUCCCGUUUUUCCUUCGUUUUCCACUCACGCUAAUCAGUUUCUUCUUCCUUUAUCUCCUCUUUCUUCAUUCAAUUACUCCAUUCCUUCCUCUUUUUCAUCUUCUUUUACUAAGUUAACCUCACUUCUUUCUCCUACCUUGUUUUUCUUCUUCAUUAUUUUUCUCUUCACUUCGUUUUUCUACUUUUUACAAAUGUAUUCCUUCUUUUUCUUCUCUUUCCUCUUCUUUUUCCCCAUUUCUUUGUUUUCUUUAUUACCUAAAGCACUAUUUCUUUUUUUUUGUUCUCAUUCGUUUUUUCUAUUCCCUCUGUUUUUUCUUUCUGCCACUCAACCAUUCUUUUUCCUUCUGGUCGUCAUUGUUAUUCGUUUCUCCUCCCACCAUUUCACAUCUCUUGAUAUUCGCUUUAUUCAACCUCUCUUGACUACUCUUUCAAAAUUCUCUUUACUCUCUCAUCAUUAUAAGUUAUUUCUCUCUCCGUCUUCCUCUCUCCUGUUCUCUCUAACAUUUACACUUUCUUCUCUUCUCUUUCUCUCUAUUCUCUUAUUUAUUUCCCUCUCUCUCUUAUAUUCUCUGCUUCUUUCCCUUCUCGCCUUUCCUUUUUUUUCUUCUGUCUUAUAUUUCUCUCCUCUUCCCUUCCUAUUUCCUUUCUUCUUCUUUUUUCCUGUUCUUUCUCUCCGUCUAAUUGUAACCAAUUCGCUUCUCUCUGACAUUUUUAUUUUUUUUUUCACCAUAACUGCCACUUUUACUUCUCUUUCACUCUUCUUCUUCUUUUUUUCAUCAAUCCGUUUUUCUUCUUCUUCUUCUUCUUCUUCUUCUUCUUCUUCUUCUUCUUCUUCUUCUUAUUUAACAGUAUUCUUAUUCUGUCUUUUUCUUUUCUUUUCUUUUUAUCUUUCCUCUCUAAGUUUGCGCUCUCUUUCUAUUGCACGUUCUCUCUCUUUUUCACUCUCUCUCUCUCUUUCACUCUCUCUCUUUCUCUCUCUCUCUCUCUCUUUCACUCUCUCUCUCUCUCUUUCACUCUCUCUCUCUCUCUCUCUCUCUCUGCCGGUUGAUUCCACGCAUUUUGCCGCCAUUUGUUUUUCCCGUGUCCCACUCCUUCUCCGACUUCCCCUCUCUCUCCCUGUCUCUGAUCUCUCAUAUUUAUUCUAUAUUCUCUCUAUUAUCCAAACACUUUCUCUCACCCACCUUGUACAACUUCUUUUCCCCUUUUGA